GAGGAAUUGCCCUCAGCUCUCCCCAGCCCUGCAGCUGGCAUCCAGGUUGUCAUCCAGCUCCUAGAGGAAGGAAUUCAAACUCUAGAAGUCCUGCUGAGAUGGGAAGAAUCAUCCUUUAUGAACAUACCAAUUUCCAGGGUUUGUCCAAAGAAUUCACCUCUGAUAUUGCCAAUUUAAGAGAUGCAGACUGGAAUGAUCUUGCCUCCUCGGCAAAAGUAAUUGGCCAGCCUUGGGUGCUUUAUGAGCAUUCAAACUAUGGAGGUCGAUUUCUGGUACUUGAGGAGGGAGACCAUAGCUUUUUUGGUACAAAGUUGAAUAAUAAGAUCAGUUCUCUGCAGAUGAUCACUGAAGAUCUGAGCAAUCCUGAGAUCACUCUCUAUGAGCAUGCCAACUAUCAAGGGAAAAGCAGGGUAGUGCGAGAAGCAACCAACCUGGCUGCAGGACAUGACAACGACAUCAUGACUUCCCACAAAGUACAGAGAGGUGUGUGGCUGCUGUGUGAGCACAGUGAUGGAAGUGGAAUUCAAUACCUUGCUCGAGAACGUGAAAACCUUCCAAAUUACAAGGCAAUAAAGUUCAAUGACAAGCUUUCCUUCCUGCGUCCCCUUCGUGCUGGCCGUUCUUAUUAGAAUGCAAAUCCUGCAGUGCUGAGGAAAGAUGCAGCCCUGGCAAGAAAUCUGUGACCUACAUCUCUGCCUCUGCUUUUGUCACAUUCUUAGUGAUUUUUUUAAAAUGCCCCUGCAAUACCAUGGCUUCUGCUAUUGUCUCUAAUCUAUUUUGUGUUGGUGCCAUUAAAGAAGCUCUUGCAAGCAACAGUG